CCACUAUUGUGGUAUUCAAGGAGUAGACGUUGAUGAAGACGGUUGUUCCUAGUGUUUGUUCAGUUGUUCAGUAUCAGUGUUUGGUAAAAUGUGUCGUUGUUUGUGCUUGAUUUUGGCGGUAUGCGUAGGAGUGUCGGUGGCUGCGCCGAAAAUUCCGGCGUCGGGGCGUGUGUAUAUUGGCCCUGGUUAUGAUUAUUAUGAUACGCCAAGAUAUGCUUUCAACUACGGCGUAGCAGAUCACACGACCGGGGACGUGAAAUCACAACAUGAAACCAGAGACGGGGAUGUGGUUAAAGGGCAAUAUUCACUAGUAGAACCCGACGGUUCAAUCCGCACCGUAGAUUACACAGCGGACCCGGUCCAUGGUUUCAACGCGGUGGUCUCUAAGACCGGACCGAACUUCCAUGCGGCCCCCGCACCACCGCGGCAGCAAAUACAGCCGGUUUACUACCCGAAGCCUGUACCAGUGCCCGUUGAAGUACCUGUAGAAGUGCCUGAGUAUUACGCUCAGCCGAUUUACCCUUCGGCUGCACCAUUUUUAUUCUCCAAAGCAGGAGAACCACAGUUUGACUACGGUGGAUUUGAAUUCGACGGACCUUACCCUCAGCCGCAUAAUUUGAUAAUUUAGAGUUUAAUGUAUUUAUUUAUUUUUAGUUUAAAUAAUAUUAGAAGUAAGGAAGUGUACUGUUAGUGCCACAGACUAAUUUACAUGAGAAUUUAGUUUAAUAAUGGCCAGUAUUAAUAAAUCAAGUUGGAUUAGGAGCGAAAAAAUGCA